AUGAUUCAAGAUGCAGAUUUGGUGCAGUUAUUGCCGGCAGGCCAUUCUGUUGGAAGUAUCCGUACCCGUCGUCCACUGAUGUAUAUAUUUUCCGGUGGGAAUGAGGAUGCCGCGUUUUUCUCAGUGAAUGGUUUCUCUAUACUUCUUGAUGGAGGUGAUCAACAAGUUGUCCCAUAUUGGAACCUGAUUCGUAAUUACGACAAAAUAUCAGCAGCAGUGGUUACUCGCGUAAGUCCAAAAUGUUUGCAAGGAAUCUCAGCGAUUUUAAUGCGAAAAUGUUUGCAAGAAUGCCAUCCAAAUUUUGGUUCUCUAAUUUGCAACUUACCACCUUCAAGCAUAGCAAAUGGAGACGGUGAAGCUUCAAAAGUUUUGCGUGCGAUGCAUGAAGGUCUGCGUGCGGAAGGUCUGAAACCGAUUGAAGCUUUUGUUAAUACAAAGCUAGAAGCAGUAACUUUAUAUGAGGUGAUAGGAGAGGGUGCAUUGCGCAUGAUUGUACUAAAUCCAGAACGUAGUUCGAAAGAUCUUGCUUCACUUGUACAUGCUUUAAAAACCGAUGAAAAUAUAGAAAAAUUUGCCGCUUUAACAUCACUGGCACUUCUUUUGGUUUGGCAUCCAUCGGAUCAUACAUUGCCAGUGUCACGUAUUCUUAUUACUGGCUCUUGUUCACUGGAGAAGCUUUAUGCAUCACUGGAAAAAUUAAAGAACGAGGAAUACUUGCGUUACCCACAAUUUACGCAAGCUACAAAAGAGAAACCAUCAUCGGCUCGUCUAGGAAAAAUAAUACGAAAACCUACACCUACAAAAAAUCUCGCGAGUUUGUCACUGUCACGUCCUGCAUCACUGCAAACGGCACCUAAUGAACCUCUAAAAAAAGUGGCCAGACAGUCAUUAGCAGCAGCUCCACUAUCACGGCUUGUUGCUGGUGCAAAGAGACCAGUCAUGGAAUCAGCAAAGACAUCUGCUGUAGGCAAUAAUAAGUCUCAUACACCAGAAACUAAAGUAGCGGCUAAGCCAGGGAAAUCUAGACUAAAUGAUGCAAAGAAGAAUGCCACUCCGGAAGUCAAAUCAAAGGAAAAGGAGAUAGGAAAAAGAAAAUCAACCGAUAAAGUUGUAAUAAAAACUUCACUAACAAAAGUGAAGACUGAAAACUCAGAUCCAGUUUCGACAAAUAUACAACCUGCUGAGGUACUGCAAAAUCCAGUAGCAUCGAUUAAUCUGCCGUCCUUAAGUAAUCCGCAAAAUGCAGUAAGUCCACAGCUUGAACAACAACAUUUUGAAGUGAAGAAUUCUCCUGACAUCGAAAAUAAAACUCCCAUUACUCCCGAAAGUCCACAAAUACCUGAAACCCCGACUGAUCCACAAGUUCCGGAUAAUAAUGGUUUGCUAGAUGGAAUUGAAGAACCUAUGCAAGUGCGUAGAAUCAGUAUGGAUUUUUCCGGUGAAGACAAGAAUUUUACUGGAGAUUUCAUGCAAGAGGCGAUGGUGGAGACACCUGAAAAAGGAUUUGAUUUGAUAAACUCUGCAUUACCAUCACAAGACACACCACUACUUGAUUCGACACCGAUGACACCAUCAGCACCAUCCUUCGCAGCAGUUGAUCUGGUCGGUAAUUCUUCAGAUCUUUCCGCUUCAAAAGAGAAAAUUGCACAUUAUGACGAUGAAAAUGUUAGCAAGGCUGCAACCCAUAAUGGAGAAUUUACGCGCAAGGAAAAUUUGCAAGAUUUGUUUGGUGAUAUCACUCCAUUUAUGGCUGGCUUAGUAACCGGCAUUGUUGAUGAUUCUUCAUCGUUGGAGAAAUUGUCACCAUCGAAUGAUGAUGAAUUUGAAAUGUCGAAAUCUUCCACAACUCCCCUGUCGUCAAAUGAACUCAAUAAUGGAACAUUAGAUUAUGUGCAGAGUGAUAAACAUGAAGAGAAGAUUUUACAUGAGGAAACUGAAAAGGCACAAAUGUCAUCCAGUAUCAAGCGUGAAACAUUUCCGGCUCGAAGCAGUGGUUCAGGUGAUUCCGUUCUUGCUCAGCCAGAUCCAGCUCUAGAUGAAGUAAUUGAUUCGCUAGCUGAAGCAUCAGAAAUGGUUGAUAAUGCAAGAAAACCGAUAUCUGAACUAGAACGUCAUGUUCAAGGUCUAACGACACAAGUAAUCAAUAAUGCGCAAUCAGCAACCGAAACGAAUCUACCAAAUUGCAUGGGACAAUUGAAUAUUGGGGAUGUACUUGAUGGACAAUUCACCAAUAUAACUCAUGAUAUCAAUGAUAAUGCUAAUGCACUUGCGGAUCAAAAUAUGUAUGAAGAAAAGCGUGCAGAAGAAAUGUAUCUUCCACCUAUGACAAGUGCUGCUCGAACACGUGCGAAACCAAUCGUUAAUGGUGUAAAAACUAAACCGAAGCUAUCUCAACCACUCUAUUUCGAUAUUGUUUUCGUUCCUCAUCAUGGUGCUCAUCCUAUAUUGAAAGACGAAGAAGCAGCAAAAGCAUUUGUAACUAGCAUUCGAUCAAGGCGUUAUGUGUUGAGUGGGAAAGAUUCAAUACGAACACAUUUUAUAGACGGUCUUAUUGCUGGUAAAGCAGCAUGGAAUAAACCAGAGCUUGAAGUAGAUGUACUUCCAACACAUGAUAGCGAUGAACUGACAUUGUAUAGCCAUGAAAAAGCCAAUGAAAUAGCUGAAGCGGGUAUCAGUUUACGUUGCUCGGUUGAGCGUUGUACACUAAGGCUAUCUAGUGGUGGUACUGAUGAUAUUUGUGCCGCAUUCAAAUUUGAAAUAUGA